CUCGGUAACCUUGAUCACCGCAGCGAACAAACAAUAUGGCAGACCCAUAACAAUUUUAAUUUUUUGCUUAUUAGCCGCUUUUAUUUUCGAGUUUUGAAAUACCGUUAAAUUUGGAAAAUUACACGAUGCAUAUAAAGCCGCAUCAUCAUGGCUGAAGGAGGAAAUUAUUCAUUUUUCAAUCAUAAUCUACGCACAACCGCAAUGAAGCAAUCGUUUGACCGACCAAAGCUUCUUCACCAGCGACAAUCUCAAUCAGCUGGAAAUAGAUCAGAUUCAUCAUCAUCCCACAAUGAUAAGGUGCUAUUGGUCAAAGAAGUAAGUGAUCAAAACGUGAAAUUUGCCCCACAUCCUCCUACUUCUCCGCGUUCUAAUUCGCGACCUUCCGGCGAAGGGAGUCCUCGUUUGGCGGCGUUGAAUUCAAAAGGAAUCAAAAGAACUCACAAUGAAUCGCCCAGAAACUCUGCUUCUGGAUCAGAAGACGAAAGGAGAAGUCAUAAACAUGUUCCGAAUGUUGCGCUAGAUCCGUUACCUUUGAAACGUAGAGGAAGCACGGGAAGUUUGGAUAGCAUUGGUUCCAAUGAAUCUUUUGGGAGCCCUCGCGAUAAGAAUAAUCGAAGUAUCAAUCGCAAUCUUAGGGGUAUACAACCUCUGAAAGAUAUCGGGUCAGAAAAGGAUCUCGUUUAUAGUUUUAAAUCUAAUCAGAAUAGCGUCAAAAACGAUGAUUUUGUGAAGAAAGUUUUGAAAAAGAAUGUUGUCCAUCCUUUGAGGGUUGAGCCACAGCAAGUUAAAUCAACAGAUGACAUCUCAACACAGACAGAAUCAACAUAUAUUCAUCCAAAAUCUGAACGAUCAAUUGAGGUGAAAAAUGAGACCCCUGCAGAUGAUGAAACUACACUGUCCUCCUCAAAUGAUAGCCUAACCAGUGUAAGCGAUGAUGAAGAAAAUUCAUUGAGCGUUAGUGAUGCUGAAGGAAAAUCAGAGGGCAAGGGAAACCACAGGGACCCCAAUUCUACUCUCCCUACCCUUCCUGACCAAUCGAAUGCUAAAACACAAGGAGUUAACCCAGCUGGUUUGUGCGAGGAUGUGACUAUCAAGGCAAGCAAUCAUUAUGAAAAUGAUCCAACCAAGCAAGGCCAUGACAGAACUCCUAAAGCAAAUGCAUCAGGAUUAUAUGAGAGCAUACAUCCUGAUGAAACAAAUAAGGACAAUAUUCAAUGUAACUCUGCUUCUGAUCUGCAACAACUGAGUAAGGCAUUAGAACAGGUAGCUAGUAACGAAAGGUGUUCAUCAGAAACAGAUUUGUCAUAUUGGUCAACUAGAGAAUUCUCAAGCACAACAAGAUCAAUGGUACUUCCCCAUGUCUCGGCAAGAAGCGCACGGACAAGAAGUGGCAACUUUUUAAAGGAGGAAAUGGAACGUUAUUUGCCUGAUAGAAAAAUUGGAAUAUUUGUUGCUACCUGGAAUAUGCAUGAGGAAAAGGAAGUUCCAUUUUACUUAGAUGACUUCCUAAUACCAGACUCAACUGACUUUUUACAAGAUCUUUAUGUCAUAGGCUUGCAAGAAAGUACAUCUCAGCGUAAAGAAUGGGAGAUCCGUCUUCAAGAAACCCUUGGGCCAUCACAUGUGUUGAUGCACUCCUGUUCAUUUGGAUUGCUGCAUUUGGCAAUUUUCAUCAGAAGAGAACUUGUCUGGUUUUGUUCUGCUGUGAGUGAAGAUAGUGUGUCUACUCGAGUGGGACACAUGAUAAAAACUAAGGGAGCACUGGCAGUUUCAUUCAGCAUUUUUGGAACAUCAUUCCUUUUUAUUGACUCCCACUUUACCUCGGAUGAGGGUAAAGCUUUGGACCGUGUGAUUGACUACAAGACAAUUUGCAAGUCUUUGUCACUGUCGCCUGAGAAUCAGCCCGAGAGAACCAAUGAGCUGGACUUAACAGCCAACUUUGAUCGAGUAUUUUGGUUGGGAGACUUUAACUUCAGGGUGACUCUUGGCAGAUCAGAAGUGGAUGGGAUGCUUGAAAAAUAUAAAGAUCAGGAAAACCCUGAGUGUAAAGAUUUGUUAGCAAAGGAUCAGCUACUCGACCUUAUGGAGCAAGGAAAAGUGUUUGUUGGGUUCACGGAACCGCCCAUCAAAUUUUUACCAAGUUACAAGCAUGACAUACAAAGUGACAACUAUGACUCCUCAUCGAAAAACAGGACACCAUCUUGGACGGAUCGUGUUCUUUACCGCAGCAAAGAUCCAUCAAGUAUCCAACCUGUGCUGUACAGCAGCUGUGUCUCUGUCAAAACUUCAGAUCACAGACCCGUGUUUGGCAUUUAUCAAGUGGAACUCGACCCUUGCCGGGAAAAUAUUCCUUUGACUGGUGGCCAGUUUAUGCGAGAUGUUUAUAUUGAAGCCAAUCGUAGACGGUCGGUUGGGCCCAAGUCCCAAGGACAAAGUUCUGUAUGUGUCAUCCUUUAACUGUCAAGAAUCCAAUUCAAAAGGCCAGGGGAUCACGCAUGUAAAAAAUGCACACAAAUAUAUUUUAUUGCGUUGUGAAUCUUGUAAAAAUUAUAUUAUAAAGAAGAUUCGCUCAAUCCAUAGUUGUUACUUAUUUAUUUUAUUUAUACAUGUCGGUAGGAGUACAUGUCAACUUUUUUCAUCAGGUUGUAAACCGAAUGUUCAUAUUUUUAAGUCUCAGCGUCUUCCUUCUCUCGAGUUGUUCGAAUGAUAAUAAAAUAAGCACAAACGAAGUA